AUGGCGGAAACCGGGGAAGAGGAAGGGUGUACGAUAAAUACACACCUAGGGGAUACGAAUGAUUCCUCCGCGAUUGCCAAACUUGCUUCUCCGCCGGGCUCCAAAUCCCAUACCCCGCCCAUUACUACAAAACCUCGAGCCGCUAUUUUCAAUCCUUCCCUUGACUCAACAAAACUUCGACAUAGACCCGGCUCAGAGUCUCUAAAUCCAGAUGCUCUUGCCCGUGCGCUCAAGGAUUUUGAAGAGGCUGGCCGCCCCCGGGAGAGAACACCAGGUACAAGCCCAAGUCGUAAACGGCAACGGGUUUAUGGAGAUAGGUUCAUUCCAAAUCGUGAAGGACAGGAUUUACAAGCUAGCUACAGCUUACUCCAUGAAGAUGGCUGCCCGACAACCCCAUCAAAAGUGAAAAAGAGAGCUCCCCAUGGAGAGCUACAUUUUCAAAAGACUGAAGAAGCAAAUCGCACAUACUCCAGAGUACUUCGAAGCGAAGUCUUUGGAGACACCGUCCCGCAACCUGAUCUACAUUCUCUAUCGCCAGAUCCGAUUGCUGGAUAUUCGACAAAAAUCCAUGAUACUGCAAACUCACGCACCCCACCCUCAUACAAAGCCGCUUCUUCAUUACCUCCCGCAAGCAUAACUCCCUCUACUCCCAGCAAGAACCUUUUCUCUUACGCCUCUCCUCGACAUAUAUCCGGAAACCCUACACCUUCUCGAACUCCUCGCAGUGGGCAUGGCCCAAACCUCAAUGUCCGAUCUGAACUUUAUAGUUUAUCCCCCAUUCGAUUCGAUAGCCAGCGGAUUCUGCAAAGCAUGCGCAAACAGCCGCGAUAUGUGAACAAAGUUCCAUUUAAAGUUUUAGAUGCGCCUGAUCUAGCGGAUGAUUUUUACCUCAAUCUAGUGGAUUGGGGUAGUAGUAAUAUACUGGGUGUAGGAUUGGCAUCAGCGGUUUAUAUGUGGGAUUCCAUGAAUGGCCACGUUACCAAGUUAUGCCAGCUGCAAGAUGACACUGUAACGAGUGGGACGCAUCUUGCGAUCGGAACAGGAAAGGGAUUAGUACAGAUCUGGGAUGCUGAACAUUGUCGACGACUACGAACAAUGACAGGCCAUACGCUUCGAGUUGGCGCUCUUGCUUGGAACGACCACAUCCUCACAUCCGGGUCCAGGGAUCGAACCAUCUUCCACCGUGAUGUGCGAUCUCCAGAUCAAUACCUACGGCGGCUUACAGGACACAAACAAGAGAUCUGUGGCCUCAAAUGGAAUACUGAGGAUGGACAACUAGCAUCUGGCGGGAACGACAAUAAACUCAUCGUCUGGGAUAAACUGAACGAAACACCCCUUUUCCGCUUUUCAGAUCAUGUAGCCGCAGUCAAAGCUAUCGCAUGGUCUCCACAUCAACAUUCCCUCCUAGCAUCCGGUGGUGGUACCGCAGAUCGAACAAUAAAAUUCUGGAACACACUCACAGGCCAUCAAAUCAAGGAGGUCGACACGGGAAGCCAAGUGUGCAACCUCGCCUGGUCGAAAAAUUCCGAUGAAAUUAUCAGCACACAUGGGUACAGCCAGAACCAGAUCGUUGUUUGGAAAUACCCCCGCAUGGAGCAGGUCGUCUCUCUGACAGGCCAUACCUUCCGUGUUUUGUACCUGGCCAUGAGUCCCGAUGGACAAACUGUCGUUACAGGUGCUGGGGAUGAGACGUUGCGGUUCUGGAAGAUAUUUAAUAGGAAAGGGUUUAAGGAUGAUGGAAGGGAAAGUAAAUACCACUCCUACGCGACUAUACGAUAG